AUGCCCAUGAAUUGUCAGGACACCUCGUACCUGGCAGACUACGGGACCCCCCGUGGCAUCGUGCUGGACAACGGAGGAGAAUUCACCAGCAGAGAGUUCCAGCAGUUCUGUCACAAGCACCACAUCACCCUGUUCUACACGACUCCCUACCACCCCCAAGGCAACGGCAUCACGGAAAGGAUGCAUCGGACCCUCAAGGCGGUCCUCUCCGCCCUCUGCCAGGGCCUCCCUCUUCGUUGGCCCCAACUACUUCAACCCUGCCAGAUCUCCAUGAAUCAGGCGGCGCACACCUCCACGAGCCAACAGCCGUACUUCGCCUUCUUCUCUCGACAUCCACCCAGGUUAGUGAGUGCGGCACUCCCGUCGGUCCACGGCGGAGACGAGGAGAUGGCGGAGGCACACGCCUUUAUCCGCAGUACCCACCAACGCAUGUCCAGACAUUACCGCCAAGUUGCCAAUCGAAGGCGGGUCAACCAAGCGGUGGAGGUGGGCUCACUGGUAUGGGUGAAGAGGGAAACCACAAUACCGGGCACCUGCCGGAAGCUAAAUCCCAGAUAUCCAUAG